UUACUAAUAUUAUUACUAUUUCAUAUUUGCCAUUUUGAUAAUGCAGGAAUGAGACAAAAAUUGAUCUCUAUUGUGUUUGCUGUUGUUAAGUAAAUUGAGUAAUAUUUUUUUUGUUCCGUCAGUACUCAGAAUCCUUUUCAUCGUGUGAUUUAUUGGUUCGUUAAUGACGGAAAUAAGGUCGAAAACUUCGAAAAUGUUGAAAUUGGUUGAUAUAAUAGAAAAACAUCAUUAAUAAAGAAUUGAAUACUUCCGAAAUUUAUUCAAACAAUUUGUGACUUUCAAUAUGAAUACUGAGAUCAAUGGGGACUUCAGCAUUAAUGAUAAUCAUAUCAAAGUCCAAGCAGCAAAGCCAGCGCAAGCGAGUAAUGUAAAUUGUGAUAAAAUGACUUUAAAAACUUCUAGAGUAAAUGAAGACAAACCACUAUUAACUGGUACAGCUACACUCUACAACCAAAAUGGAAGUAAUUUUCUUUCUCCAUCUCCAAGAACAUUACCUGAUACAAACAUUUCUAGUGGUCCAAUGAAUGAAUCAUUGGAAAAAAAUGGUGCUAAUGGUGGAUCUGCAUCAGAUUAUAAUCCAUUGCUAAAUCGACAAUUAGAAAAUCCAACAUCGAAUUUUGACACUAUGGUGCAUUUAUUAAAGGGAAAUAUUGGUACUGGAAUCUUAGCUAUGCCUGAUGCUUUCAGAAAUUCUGGCUGGGUUGUAGGUUUAGUAUGUACAGCACUUUUGGGAGCUGUUUGCACACAUUGUAUGCAUAUAUUGGUUCGGUGCUCUCAUGAAUUGUGUGUCAGAACACAAAGACCAUCUCUUUCAUUUCCUAAUGUUGCAGAAAUGGCUUUUGAAUAUGGACCACCCAAAUUACAAAAAUAUUCAUCAGCUGCGAGUAAAUUUAUUAAUACUUUCCUAGUUAUGACUCAACUGGGCUUUUGUUGUGUAUAUUUCUUGUUUGUUGCCACGAAUUUGCAAGAGGUGAUAACUCAUUACUUUUCUGUAAAAUUGUCUGUUCAAUCAUAUUUGCUUAUACUACUGGUGCCAAUGAUACUUUUAAAUUGUGUGAAGAGUUUAAAGUACCUGACUCCAGCUUCUUUUGUAGCAACCAUAUUAACUGUGAUUGGAUUAGGAAUAACAUUUUUCUACUUACUUCAAGGACUUCCAAAAACAUUAAAUGUCAAAGCUUUUUCAUCUUGGCAACAGUUGCCCCUUUAUUUUGGAACUGCAGUAUACGCAUUUGAAGGCAUUGGAAUGGUCUUGCCAUUAGAAAAUAACAUGAAAAACCCAGAAUCUUUUGGUGGAAUGACUGGGGUUUUAAAUACUGGAAUGGUCAUUGUAACAUGUCUGUAUACGUCAAUUGGAUUUUUUGGAUACUUACGAUAUGGAGAAGCUGUUAAAUUAGGAAGUAUUACACUGAAUCUCCCCUCUGAAGAUUUGUUAGCCCAAAGUGUCCGAGCAGCAAUGGCAUUCUCAAUAUUUUUGUCUUAUGGUCUUCAAUUCUAUGUUCCAAUUGGUAUUGUAUGGCCUGCUUUAAAAGGAUAUUUUCAUUCGCAGUCUAGUCAACGUAAUGCUGAAUUGAGUAUCAGAGUGUUUCUUGUCACACUAACAUUCGCUUUAGCAGCUGCCAUUCCAAACCUAUCAGCAAUCAUCUCAUUAGUGGGAUCAUUCAGCAGCUCAGCACUAGCUUUGAUCUUUCCACCUAUUAUUGAACUCAUGACAUUUUGGGAUCAUUGCUCUGGUAAAGAGUUUACACUGAUGUUUGUUAAAGAUAUUAUUAUUAUUAUAAUUGGUUUCCUUGGAUUUGGUUUUGGAUCGUAUGCUAGUUUAUGGAAUAUUAUUGAACCCAUCAGCAGUUAAUUUAGUUUUGGGUUUAACAAUGAUUUAAGUAUCCUCCAGUAUUUUAAUUAUUGAUCUUAAUAAUUUAUUGUCUUCCUAUAUCAAUUAUAGUUUUAAUUUUUUUUAAUCAUAUGGAGUAGGAAAUUAUUUUUUUUUU